ACUGGGUGGGACUUUAUUUGCAGGCUAAGGCGCUGCUUGCUCUUUGGCUAGCUCGCUCCUCCGCUUCUUGACCAUCAGCUGUUGCUCCUAAGCGCCGCACCCGGAGGAGUUCGCCUUUUUUCCACAUCUCGCAUCUGCAUCCAGGCGCCGAAGCCUCGGAGGGAAGGAUUUUUUUUUCUCGCCUGCCCUGCGCGGACGGCUUCAGGAAUCGCCUCUCCGCCAGUGCAUUUGAAGAGGUUGGAACCAGCAUCUCCACCCAAGAAAGGCUCUGAUGGCCAGCAACAACACCACCAGCAUAGCACAAGCAAGGAAGCAGGUGGAACAGCUCAAAAUGGAGGCAAAUAUUGACAGAAUAAAGGUAUCCAAAGCUGCAGCAGACCUGAUGGCGUACUGUGAAGCCCAUGCCAAGGAAGACCCCUUAUUAACUCCUGUCCCUGCUUCAGAAAAUCCAUUUAGAGAGAAGAAGUUCUUCUGUGCCAUUCUGUAAACCUCACAGGAGCCUGACUCCAAUUUGGGCUGCCCUGGACACUGAUGUAGAGAUUUUUCAGCAACGUGGACCAGUUUCUAGAGUCCACUUACUUUAAGAAAAAUGUAUCAAACCACCUGAAAGUUUACAGAGAAGUGCAUGAUAAAAAAAAAAAAGUGAAUUCCUGCCUUCUUUGGAGAACGAGUUAAUAACGAUGUUGACCUACAUCAAGAAGCUAAAGAUCUUGACAUGCAGAGUUGCCUGGAGGAGGAGGGAGGGGGGAAAUGUGUAAAAGAGUACAUUUAAUUUUCACUUUUGCUCUAGCCAAACCAAACCCUGUUGUCUUUCUCCGAAACAAAAAUGAGGGUGCGCAGAGCAAGGUUGCAAAUGAUGCAAUGGGGUAUGUGUAUGUAACCUCGAUUAUUUUGUUUUGCUUUUCCCAAAUGUCACUCUUAUUUAUGUUGAAAUGUAAAAUAAUUGCAA